AUGAGUCAUCAUAAAAAACCUCACAAACCAGAAUUACCUAGAGAUCACCUUUUCAUCACAUCUGAUCAUCAACUCUAUCUUCCAAAAUCUAAUCCUUCAACUCCCUUUUCCAUUUCAUUACCUAGACCAUGGCAAACUAUAGGUCGACAUCCUUUCACUUCUCAACUCGAUAUCAUCCUUCCAAAGCCCGAUUCCUCUUUUUCGAAUGAUUCUGGCGAAUGUCCCUCAAUGACUUCGAAUCCCAUGAUCAAAAAUAUAUCAAAAAUGGACGCAUAUCAACGCUUCACUGGAUUUCAUCUAUCACUUCUCAUGGAACCAGGCGUAGCUCAAACCUACCUCCGAUCUGGUAGUCUGAUCGCCUUAUCGAAAUCCUCAGUUCCUGGUGAUGAUGUUUUUGCUGUCGAUGGAUAUGGGAAAAUCCAUAUGAGACUCAAUCGAUCCACGUACGAGACCCUUGGACUUCCAGGAAGGCCUUCGAAAUUCGGCCCUCGUCGACAGUAUUAUGUGGUUGAGAUCGACAUGCGAGAUCAAACUAUGAGGUCGGGACAGAAAGGUUAUGAUCGGACUCGCGAUCGUCUCAAGUGUUUUCCCAGUAAUGUCUUUAGCGGUUGGAUGAUUCCUGAAGUUACGGUCACAGAACGAAAAUGGGAAGUCAUGAUGGUAUGGGUCAAUGAGAAAGGCGAAUUGAAAGAGAUCGACCUACCUCUCAACCCGACCAUAACCCAAGUCCAUCAAUGUCAUUCUAGUCUUUCACAUACCCGAAACCCUUUUCCAUCUCCUUGGCAUCCGGCGAGGAAUUUCGGAUCUGAAGAUGACCUCUUAGAUCUUUUCGAACACCUAGGAGCUGCAAACUUUUCGACUUCCGACUCAUAUCCAACGGAUUGCCCUAUGACACCUAUAGAGACCAUCUCAGCUGUUGGGUUCUUUCAUCCAAUUAAAGUUUAUCAAUUUACCCUCGAUUUAAUCAACACCUAUCAGUCCUGCUCUAUCACUGGCCACACGGCACCUUUGGCCCCAUUUUCUUUCCUCAAUCGUAAACAAAUGGACCGACCAAAAGAGAUUCCAGCUCCAAACUCUUCGCAGUCUCGAAAGCGUCAAAAGAAUGGCAAAGGCGUUAUGAAAGGUCCUGAACGUGGGAUUGACGCCGGACUGACUAGUUGGACUUUGGUCUGCUUCCCUCCAGACGCUGGCUCACUCGGUCCGUCUGCCACUGAGCCCCUCAGGCCAUGUCCUGAUGAGUCAAUGGAAGACCAGCAUAAUAUUUUAUCAACUGGAUUUAAACGAGCUCAUGACUCUACGCAAGAUCAAAACGACCGAGAAGGGGCCUUGAGCUCAGAAGACCUGUUGAAGAGGAGAUGGGUCCUAUACGAGUCAGUGGGACACAAUGAUACUCAUUGUUGA